AUGGAGGAGAGGAGGAGAGGAAUGGAGAGGAAGGUGGAGCGGGAGGGAGACAAGAGGAAUAAGGUGGUGAGGAAGGAGACGCAGAUAUUUCAGAAGGAGGAAAAGACGGGAAUGCGGAAAGAAGAGAGAGGAGCGAAGGAUGACAGGGAGGACAGAGAGGAAGAGAAAAGGAGGCAUAGGUCGGACAGGAAGGAAGAGGUGGAGGUAGAUAGGAAACAGGAAAGGAGGAGGCUGGAACGGAAGGAAGGAAAGAAAGCGGAAGUGGAGGAAAGAGUACAGACAGAAGAGGACGGGAGAGGGAGGAAUGACAAGAGGGGAGGGAAGAUUGAGAGUACGGAAGAGAGGAGGGUGAGGUGGCAGUUAGGAAAGUCGACGGGGAAGUGGGAAGGAGAGAAUUCAGAAGAGGAAAGUUGUAGGAAAGAAUGGUGGGAGCUGGUGGCCGAGGAAGAGGAGAAAAAGAAGGAGAUGAGUGAGGAUUGGAAGAAGGAGAGAGAGAAGAAGAGAGAAGAGAGGAAGGAAGAGGAGGACAGGUGCGGAAGAGAGGAGGAGGAUAAUGGAGAGAAUAAUGGAGGUGGAACUAAGAAGGAAGAUGGAGGUAGGAGAGGUAGUAGAAAGGAAAGGGACGGCGGGCACGGUGUUAAUAGUAAGGAUGGCAAAGAAGAGGGAUAG